AAAUACAAAACAGAAAGUACAUAUCCACCCUUCAGAACCGACGACUUCUCAACGACGCCUGACUAUCGCCCUGUAACUGAAGCAGGAUGUCACUGCAGUACUUUGGCUGGGAGGUGACCUAUGAUGAUGACUCCUGUCUGGAGCUGGGGGCCUCCCAAGAGCCCAAAGAUCGGAGCGUCUACACUAUGUACCAUGGCACCACUGCUGCCAACGCACAUCUCAUCAUUACCAAUGGCUUUCAGCAGUCCCAGAAGGGCAUGCUGGGAAAGGGUGUGUAUGUAAGUCGUGACAGGAAGAAGGCUGAACGCUAUCCUCUGAACAUUAACGCUUCAGAUCGAGUGGUACUCAAGCUGCACGUACGAGUUGGGCGCGUAAAACGCAUCGACAAAGACAACCAUCCGAUGCAGUACACCUGGAGCACGCAAGGCUACGACACCGCAUGGGUACCCCCCAACUGUGGCAUGAAAGCAGUGCCCAGCGGCCUAGAGGAGGACUGCGUCUUUGACCCAAGUAGAAUAAAGGUUGUCGACAUUACUAAGGCUCCGAACGCAGAGCUGGAAAACCUUAAACAGCUUCUAGCCAAUAAUCUUAGAAACCCCAAUGUCGAAGCUGCUGUGGCUGAUUGUUCACUGUGCAACAGGAAGGUACAACAGGGUUCUCCACAUGUCAAGCAGAUGUGCUGGGGAUGUGGGCAGAACAUUUGCACACUCAUGACCAAACAUUUCUGUUCAGUGAGGGUUUAAAAUGUGCUGUAACAUUGGGCCUGAUUCAUUUGAAAAACCAAAGCUCUAACUGCUUCUUUCUGGCUGUAAUCAUACUUGGAAAGCAGCUCUGUUUCUUCCCUGUCUUCCACAACAAACUGUAAUACGAUGUGCUAAAAGUCAUUUCACAGAAUCACACAUUAAGUGUCUUGUAGAACAAAUAAACGACAAUCUCUGAUGGGCAAAA